AUGAAAGCAGUAGUAUCGACAGGUGAAACAGACCCUUUAACUACAAUCAAAAAUUUAUCGAUUCCUCAAAUCACAGAUGAUCAAAUAUUGAUUAAAUCUCAUUCUUUUGCAAUAAACCCAACUGAUUGGAAGGCUUUGAAGAGAAAUAGAGAGAAGGAUAUAGUUGUUGGAAGUGAUGUAAGUGGAAAGGUUGAAGAAGUUGGAUCGAACGUAAAGGAAUUUAAAAAGGGAGAUUAUAUUAGUUCAUUUGUAACUGGAAAUAUAUCAAAAACAAAUAGCGCAUUUGCUGAGUAUGUUGCUGUCUCGCCAAAAGUCAGUAUAAAGUACGAUCAUUUAGUUAAGGACCCAAGUAAUUCUGAUUAUUUAAAAUCUGGAAGGAUUACUACUUUUGAUGGAGCUGCAAGUGUAUCUUUAGGUUUAGUCACAGUGGCUUUGGCUUAUUCAUAUUCUUUGAAAAUUAAAGAAAAUAAAAAACCUAAUGAUUUCAUUUUAAUAUGGGGUGGUUCAACAGCUACUGGAAUUUUAGCUAUUCAAUUGGCCAAAUUAGUUUUCGAUUUAAAAGUUGUAACAACUGCUUCCCCAAAAAAUCAUGAAUUUUUAAAAUCCUUAGGAGCUGAUUAUGUAUUCGAUUAUAAUGAUGAGAAUGUAGUAGAUAAAAUUAAAGAAACAGCCAAUGGAAAUUUACAUUUUGCAUUAGAUACAAUAGCUGAACCUGAGACAUUCCAAAAAGUAUAUGAUUCAACUUCAAACACUUCGGGAAAAAUUUUUUUAGAUUCAUUAUUAUUCUUAGAUUCAAAUUCAAUUAAAUUGGAUCCAAAUAGAGAUAACAACUUAAUUCAUUAUGGUAAAACGUUAGCUUCGUUUGUUUUAAUUAAAGAGAAAAGAUUUGGAGAUUUAUUAUUAAAAGCUCCAGAAGAUAUCAAUGAAUAUUAUGAUCCAUUUUGGUUUGAGAUUUUGCCCAAAUAUAUUGGUCAAUUGAAACAUGCUAAUCUUAGAAUUUUACCCGAUGGAUUUCAAAGUGUCAAUGAAGGAUUCAGUUUAUCAAAAAAAGGAGUGUCAAAUGAAAAGCUAGUGUUUAGUAUUUGA